UUUAAAUAGCUUUCGCCCCUUUUGAAGGAUUCAACUCAAUCCAAAUUAUAUACUUAUUCUCUCUCUCUCUCUCUCUCUCUCUCUCUUCUUUUCCCCGGUCUCCUUCUCUCUCAACGUCGAAUCAGAGAGGAUUAGAUUAUAAUCAACUCGCGCGAUUCGAUUGAAAUUCUGAAUCCCAUCGCCACAUAAAUUCAUACAGUGGCGAUAAGGGGGAUUCGGUUGAAUUUAUCGAUUUGAGCUGCACGGAUUGGCCAUGCGACGGUUGCUCUCGGCAACGAUCGGCCUCUCAAGAGAGGAUUCCACAUCCGCCACCUGUAUAGGCGCUGAGAUUGAAUUUUGUGUUGUUGAUUUGAAGGCAGUUGAAUUUUUGCAAGCCGAUUGUUGUAGUUUUCGCGAUGGCCGCAGAUACUCAUGGGCCUAGUCCCAGAGGACUUCUCUGCAAUGCUGGCGCCGGUGCUGCGGCUGGAGUGAUUGCAGCUACAUUUGUGUGUCCUUUAGAUGUUAUUAAGACCAGGCUUCAGGUCCAUGGGCUGCCGCAGAUCGCUAAUGCCAACAUCAAAGGUAGUGUUAUAGUAGGGAGCUUAGAACAGAUAUUUCAUAAGGAAGGUUUGCGUGGCAUGUACCGUGGGCUCGCCCCUACAGUGCUUGCAUUGCUUCCAAAUUGGGCUGUAUAUUUUACCAUUUACGAUCAACUAAAGAGUUCUCUUGCAGCUGAUGAUGUAAAUCAUCAGCUCUCUGUUGGUGCAAAUAUGAUGGCUGCUUCUGGUGCUGGAGCUGUGACUACAAUUCUGACCAAUCCUCUUUGGGUUGUCAAGACAAGGUUUCAAACACAAGGAAUGAGAAUCGGCACGGUUCCUUAUACGGGCACACUAUCUGCCUUGAGAAGAAUUGCACAGAAGGAGGGUAUUCGUGGAUUGUAUAGCGGUCUUGUGCCGGCUUUAGCUGGUAUUAGUCAUGUCGCGAUUCAGUUUCCAACAUAUGAGAAGAUAAAAUGUACCUUGGCUGAUAGAGAUAACACGACGACUGACAAACUCAGCGCGGGCCAUGUUGCUCUAGCUUCAUCAGUUUCUAAAAUAUUCGCAUCUACCUUGACAUAUCCACAUGAGGUUGUGCGUUCGAGGCUUCAAGAACAAGGGCACCACUCAGAGAAGCGGUAUUCUGGUGUGGUUGAUUGCGUUAAGAAAGUAUUUCAGCAAGAGGGUAUGACUGGUUUUUAUCGGGGGUGUGCCACCAAUCUGCUAAGGACCACCCCAGCUGCUGUGAUCACGUUUACUAGUUUCGAGAUGAUUCACCGCUCUCUUACUGAUUUAUUUCCUCCUGAUCCACACCCUCAAACAUUUUAAGGAUAUAUCGAGUUUGCAUGAUUGAUCGGAUCAUUUUUUUAAGAUUGUUAAUUUCUCUCUUUCCCGAUCUUUAUCUGUAUUAUAGUUGUUGGGGAAAGAAGUAUUCUAAUAUGAUAAUGAUGAUAAAUUGUUAUAA